AUGUCUCGAAUUUGUCAACCUGUUUAUUCAUAUAAUGCACAUACAAUAAGAUAUAUGUAUAAAUUUAAAGUAUUCAUAGAAUUAUUAUGCCUCAGUAUUGUAUGGAAUUCAGUGAUAGCUGGACCGCUUAUAUUCCAAAGUGAAGUUCUGGAAGAGAAAAUCAGUGCAAUUUUUAAUACAACUCCAAUAAAUCUCAGUAAUGAUACUGUCAAUAUCAGUAACAAUAGUAAAACAGUAGUGAUGACAACAGUGAACAUUACCGAAGGGACUGAUGACAUUGUGGAAAUACAGACUGAAACUUGUAAUGAUCCAUUUGAAGAAUUUGUAUCCCCUGUCCGUGGUACACCACGUUGUUGUCGUAAAUGUGAACCCGGUACUGGUAUGUUACGUUUAUGUUCGAAUACAGAAGAUACACAAUGUCGACCAUGUAAACCAGGAUUUGAAUUUUCUCCUAUUAGAAGUGCAACAAAAAAGUGUUUACAAUGUCGACGUUGUGAAGAGCUUCAUUCGUUGGCAAAAACACGUACUGAGUGCACCCCUGUAACGGAUACGGUAUGCCAAUGUGAAAAACCCUACUAUAUGUCAGAAAGAGAACAAACUUGCAAACCAUGUACCGUUUGUAAGCCUGGUGAAGGAAUAGUACAAGCUUGUAGUUGGAAUUCAGAUACACAAUGUCAAUCAUGUCCUGCUGGUUUUUGGUCUGCACAAACUAUUGAUAAUGUCAAAUGUAUACCUUGUCAAUCAUGUGGAAAAGAUCAAAUUGUAGUGAAACAAUGUUCAUCUACAUCCGAUACACUUUGUUGUCCAAUAAACAAUCCUAAUUGUACACACGACUUGUCAGUGUAUUUCGACUAUACAGCAUACAAUCAAGAAGAUUUAUCAUCAGAGAAUAGUAACAAAUCAAAUCAAAUGUUACCAAUUUAUUGUUCUAUUAUGGGUUUAAUAAUUAUUUCAUUGCUAUGUUAUGUUGUAUACAAAUUAUGGCGACAAAGAAAAGCGUCAAAAAAUGCCAAAUUAACUGAUUCAUACAAUACGCAUAAAAUUGAUCUAUUAGAUAGAACAUCUUGUCUGGACAAUAAUAAUCAUUUACAACAUCAAAGAAUUUCAUCCGGUUUCAUAAAUAAUAAUAAUAAUAAUGCAAAUUUACCAAAUCAUUCACCUCAGUCUAUAACAGAAAUGAAUAACAUUGUUAAUUCAACACCUGAUAAUAAUAAUUUUAAUAAUCACCUUCAAUAUAGUGAUAUCAUUGUUGGCCAUGAAAAAGCACCAUUACUUGAGAAAUCGGAUCAUUCAAAUAAUUCAUUGAAUAAUUUUGAACAACUCUCAAUAACUGCAAUUCCAAUGAAUAUAUUAGGAAUAAUUUGCUAUCGUUUAUCACAACAUGGAUGGCAAGAAUUAGCUAGUAUAAUGAAUUUAGAAACUAGUAAAUUUGAUCAAUUACCUUCAGAAGUAACAUCGGACUUAUUAUCGGCUGCUAUAGAAGCUCAAACUACCGUUGAAUCAAAUUUACAAUCAUGUAAUCCAGACAACACAACUACAAUACAAUCAACCAUGAAAAACAAUCAUACAAAUGAUUUAACAAUGACUGUUUCAAUGUUUCAAUAUAUAUAUUUACAGAAUACAAUGAAUUUAGGCCAAUUAAUGAAUUAUUUACAAAAAAUUAAUCGUCCAGAUCUUGUUGUUUUACUUCAACAACAAAUUGGAAUAAUAAAGUCGAAAAAACCUAUGAGUCAUUCAAAUGAAGAGUAUAAAAACAAAACGAAAUCAAUGAAAUCCAAAGAAAAUUUCCAAAUAGAAAACUAG